AAUGACAACAACAACAUCGAUAAUAUCAACAACAACAUCAAACGGCGCUGAAGCGUUUUGCCGGUUCACCCCGUCACUAUUUGCAUCUUUCUCAAAUACUUCUGGUUAUUUGUGUUCCUCUACAAACCAGCCAUGGCGUCUAUGCCCAUAAAUCCUAAACCGUUCCUCAACAGUUUGACUGGGAAGCCAGUUAUGGUGAAAUUGAAGUGGGGCCAGGAAUAUAGAGGUUAUCUCGUGUCUGUGGAUGGCUACAUGAACCUUCAAUUAGCUAACACUGAAGAAUUUGUUGAAGGAAACUGCACCGGAACUCUCGGAGAAGUGCUAGUGAGAUGUAACAAUGUGCUAUAUAUCAGAGGAGUUGAAGAGGAAGAGGAAGACGGCGAAAUGAAGGACUAGUUCUAUGUGAAGCUGGUGGUGCGUUUGACUUAUUGUGCUGUCAUCAGAGGUGUUUUUCGAUUUCAUCUGUGUACCCUAAAAUGAAUCUUUAGUGUUAAUUUUUCUUGCUUUACAUUUCAAAGAAGUUAGGAAACUCUUCUUUUACAUUUCCGUUUGUUUCUGAUGUGAUCAAAAUCUGUUUGUAUUUUGAAUUCCCUCAUGUUUCUUUCCAGCUAUGGUCAGGCAGAAUUCUAUUUUCGAAUUAUUCUGUGUCUAUUCCAUACAUCAGCACUUUAAAAUCAGACCAUGUUCUUAGUUUUAUUUCAAUCCUGUACAUAGCUGCCAUAGCAUUUACAAUAUACAUGUUAAGGAUCAUA